AUGAAACGUCACGUCAGCGGUGGCUACCUGUAUGAUGCCAGCGACGCUGAUGUAGCCGAUGUCAUCGAUUCCAAUCUGGCCAAGAAACGGAUUCGAAAGGAGGACUUGAAUCCUCUGCAGGUGCUGACGACACGCAGAGAGGCCCUCUCACUAUAUCGAGACAUCUUGCGGGUCACUCGUGCUUUUGUGUACCCUGACAACGAUGGCCGAUUGUGGCGGGACGUCCUGCGGGAGAGCGCUCGGCAAGAAUAUGAAGCGGCUCGGUUUGAGCAAGACCCUGAGAUAAUCAACCGCCUGAUUGUGGUUGGUAGGGAUGCUGUGAGCCAAGUCACGGACAAGGUGAGACUGAACUGA